AUGUGCUUCCACACACACUUUGCAGAGCGAGGCUCAAGAGGACACCUGGACCUCAUGGAGUUGAUUGGAGUUCCUCUCCCUCCUUCUGUCUACUUUGUCAGCGGCUACGGAGGAUUCCCAGCUUACAGCUUCGGUCCAGAUGCCAACAUUGGUCGCCUGACAAGUGCAGUAAUGCCAUUGCCCUUCUACAGAGACUUUGCCGUCGUGGUGACCGUGAAACCCAGCAGUGAUCACGGAGGAGUGCUCUUUGCAAUCACAGAUGCUUUCCAGAAAACCAUUUACCUGGGAAUGAGACUUUCCCAGGUCGAUGACAGCACCCAGAGAGUAAUCGUGUACUACACAGAGCCUGGUUCCCAGCUCUCCCGAGAGGCUGCUUCCUUCAAGGUGCCGGUGAUGACUAACAGGUGGAAUAGGUUUACAGUGACUGUCCAGGGAAAUUCCAUUGCUUUGUUCAUGGACUGUGAAGAGUAUCAGAGAGUUAACUUUCAAAGGACAGCUCGAGCCCUGGUAUUCGAGUCUGGCUCUGGGAUAUUUGUUGGUAAUGCAGGAGCCACAGGACUGGAAAAGUUCACAGGCUCAAUUCAGCAUUUGACAAUCAAAUCUGACCCAAAGGUUACUGAAGAGCAUUGUGAAGAUGAUGAUCCUUCUGCUUCUGGGGACGUCAGUGGCAAUGGCAGCCAUGAAGGUGUUUAUGAGACACAGGAAGUCCUUGGACCUUCUCACCUUCCCAAGAAGCUUGGAGACAUGUUGGCUGAGCCACUGGGAGCCCCUCCAACUAUACUGUCUUAUUUGGAAGAAAACAAUUUCUCAGGAAGUCACAGCUCAGAGGAAGCUUCUGGAACAGAUCCAGAAACUGGACAAGGCAACAGUGAGUCUACCAUGGUCACACAGGAAAUCUUGAGAGAAGAAGGCUCUGGUGCCAGUGUUUUGCAAGAAGCAAGCAGCCAGGAGGGUAAAAAUGGGCUUCAGGGAUUGCCAGGACUGAAAGGAAAAGCAGGCUUGAAAGGUGAAAAGGGUGAGCCUGGAGAGGGACUGCCAGGACCCCCAGGACUGCCGGGACCCACAGGACCGUCUCCUCCUUCCAGAGGAUCAAGUAAAUCUGAACCUGAAGAGUCAGGUUCUGGAGACAUCAAUGGAGAGACUGAGAUUUUAAGAGGUCUUCCUGGGCCACCAGGACCUCCAGGACUGCCUGGUCUCCCAGGAAAGCCAGCACCCAUUUCAGGUGUAGGACCUCCUGGGUCACCGGGGAAAGAUGGAGCUUCUGGGGAACCAGGUCCUGAAGGUCCUCAAGGUCCUCCUGGCCUGGAUGGAGUGGUUGGCCCACCAGGACGGAAAGGAGAGAAGGGUGAUCAAGGCCUUCCUGGCUCUCUUGGUCCAAAGGGUGAUGCUGGAGUCACUGGAUCAGUAGGACCCAAAGGAGAAGCUGGUGCUGCUGGAUCUCCUGGGAAACCUGGACCACAGGGACCCCCUGGGCCCCCUGGACCCCCUGGCCUGCCAGGACCAAGCUAUGGCUCGGGAUUUGAGGGCCCAAAAGGGGAGAAGGGUGACCCAGGACCUCAGGGUGAACCAGGACACAAUGGGAACAGUAUUGUGGGACCCCCAGGACCCCCAGGACCCCCAGGACCAGUCAUAGCAAUACCUGAGCUGCUACUCAACCAUACAGAUGGAAUUUUCAACUUCUCCACAAUCAAAGGACUGAUUGGGCCUGUGGGCCUGCGGGGACCAAAGGGUGACACUGGGUUGCCUGGAUCCCAAGGACCCAAAGGACAACAGGGUGAAAAGGGAGAACCAGGAGCUCUCCUGGCUGCUGACGGAUCUUUACCUGAAUUGCUGGGAAGAAAAGGGGAGAAGGGUGAAGCUGGAGCGGCAGGACCGGUGGGACCAGUGGGACCAACAGGACCUGCUGGACCUAAGGGAGAGCUUGGUUUCCCAGGACGUCCAGGCCGCCCAGGACUGAAUGGCCUGAGAGGUGUGAAAGGCGACCGAGGCGAGGCGGUUCGUGGUCUUCCUGGCUUGCCUGGGCCUCCGGGCCCCCCUGGCCCUCCAGGACGUAUAGUUUAUGUCAAAGGAACAGUUCUGCCAGUCUCUCCUAGACCUCACUGCAAAAUGCCAGUGGGCACUGCUUACCCUGAGAAUCACGGUGCUCCUAAUGUCCAGGGUGCUAAAGCAAACAGAGCCUCCUGGGGACUGCAAGGUUCGGCAGGCCCGAAAGGAGAAAAGGGUGACAGAGGUGCUCCAGGACCACCAGGUCCACCUCUGCCUCCAUCAUAUUUCAGCCACUUUGUUAAUAGCAUAAAGGGUGAAAAAGGAGACAACGGAGUCACGGGUGUGAAAGGAGAGAAAGGAGAACCAAAUGGAGGAUUUUUUCUGACAGGACCUCCUGGACCUCCCGGAAGACCUGGGAUAAUUGGACCAAAAGGGGAUUCAGUUAUUGGACCCAGAGGACCUCCAGGGCUACCUGGCCUACCUGGCUUACCAGGUUAUGGAAAAAUUGGACCUCCUGGACCACCUGGACCCCCUGGCCCACCAGGACCACCUGCAAUAUAUGGCUCAGCAGCUGCAAUGCCUGGGCCACCAGGUCCUCCUGGAGAGCCAGGAUCGCCUGCAGCCAGGAAUCUGGUCACAGCGUUCCGGAACAUCGAGAGUAUGCUGGACCAAGUUCAUUUUGUGGCAGAAGGUUCACUGAUCUACCUGAGUGAAAGCAGCGAGAUGUUCAUCCGUGUCCGAAACGGCUGGAGGAAGCUGCAGCUUGGUGAGCUAAUUCCUAUUCCUGCUGACAGCCUGCCUCCUCCAGCUCUAUCAAGCCACGGAUUUCAGCCUCUUCCAGCACUGAGGCCACUGUCAAACAUGAACAAUGGGAAGCCAGCACUGCAUCUAGUGGCCUUAAACUUGCCCUCUUCUGGAGAUAUGCGAGCAGAUUUUCAGUGUUUUCAACAGGCCCAGCUAGCAGGUUUGACGUCUACCUACAGAGCUUUCCUCUCAUCACAUCUGCAAGACUUGGCCACAGUUGUCAGAAAAACAGACAGACAUCACCUACCAAUAGUGAACCUUAAGGGAGAAAUGCUUUCCAGUAACUGGGAAUCUCUAUUUGAUGGAAAUGAGGGACGAUUCAACACUCAUGUUCCAAUAUACUCCUUUGAUGGAAGGAACGUCCUAACUGAUCCAUCCUGGCCUCAAAAAGUAAUAUGGCAUGGCUCAACCGCACUCGGGACCCGACUGGUUAGCAACUACUGUGAAGCCUGGCACACAGCUGACACAGGAUCUGUGGGACAAGCAUCACCACUGAAGACAGGGAAACUUCUUGACCAGAAAGUGUACAGCUGUAGUAAUCAAUUUAUUGUUCUCUGCAUCGAGAACAGUUUUGUGUCUGAUCCCCAAGGAAAAUAAUGUGCAAGUGGCACACAGGAGCAUUCUGCUUUACGACAGAAGAAGCUGAUGCUCAUUUCUAUGUAAAUGUGUUAUUGUUUGCCAUUGCUCGUUUCAGGAAAAAACAGGCAAAGAAGAGGUACCUCAGCACAAACCACAUUCCAGCCAGGUGGAGUGGCCCAUGCACAUGUGGCUGUCUGGAAGCCCUUCCACCCAAAGCCCGCACACUUCAAAGUUUGCCGACAAUGAUCUCACAGCCCCUUGUCUUUCUGGCUGAGAUGGAGGUCACCUAAGGGCACAAGCCAAGUGCGGCCUGUGAGGAAGAUCCAGUAGCCUGUCUCACAAGCAGCAUGGCUCGGCAAGCUGCGUGCUCUGUGCUCUGCUUUUCACUUGCAUGGACUCUUCGCAUAUACGUGCAUACCCCUCCUACCCCUGAGGAACUGAUGCAGGCUGAUGCACCUUACAGGGUUGGAAGCUUCCAGAAAGCUGUGAGAACAAUGGGUCCUCAAGUCUGAGCUUCAGUGGGAGCUGAGCACCCAACUCCUUUGAGCUUGCAGAGGUUACAGCCUGGUGCUUACACAUCAGUUCAGCAGCUUCCACACCUUCAAUUUUUUCUUUGCAGAUUUCAGGAAUAGGGGUUUAGGCAGGAGUGAAUUUCACCCAGAAGAAAUCUCAUCCUUGUUUUGGUGCUAUUGUUAGCAGGAAAGCUGAGCAGUGUGAAUACCAAGCAUCCUGUUUCACUGGUAAAACUGUGCAUAGUAAAUGCAGGCAAACCAA